AAAAAAAAAAAAAUGUCGAUGGUUGUAUUAAAGCCAUUUUAAGUACAUUCUAAAUACAUUCUACAGAUUCGCGUGUCGCAACAAGGACCGUGUGCCGAUUCUUGAAAACCAUCGUCGGGUGUCUGAACCAAGGGAAGACUCGGGUUCAAGUGCGUUGGUAAAGAUGCAUACGCUGUUCAGCGAGCAGAAUGCAUAUUACAGGCACGCAACGGCGGUUCCCGUUGGUAUGGGGACUCCAUCGUACCCCGGUGUGGGUGCCGCGCCGGGAUACUACGAGCAGUACCGAUACGGCGGUUAUGCGACGGCCGCUGGUUACCCAGUCUCAGGUAUAACCCAGCAGCACAUUCACCAUCCUGGCAAGGAUAUGGUGAAACCCCCGUACUCCUACAUAGCCUUGAUCGCGAUGGCAAUUCAGAAUGCACCCGACAAGAAGAUCACGCUGAACGGUAUCUAUCAGUUUAUCAUGGAGCGCUUUCCUUAUUACCGCGAGAACAAGCAGGGCUGGCAGAACUCGAUCAGGCACAAUCUCAGCCUCAACGAGUGUUUCGUCAAGGUGCCAAGGGACGACAAGAAGCCCGGGAAAGGAAGCUACUGGUCGCUGGACCCGGACAGCUACAACAUGUUCGACAACGGUUCCUAUCUCAGGCGUCGUCGGCGCUUCAAGAAGAAGGACGCGCUGAAAGAGAAAGAGGAGGCACUGAAGAGGCAGGGCUUGGUGCCCGAGAAGCAGCGUAACCAAGAGGAAACGAAACCGAGUAACAUAGUCAUACCGCCACCGUCGGACGCGGCGACCAAGAAAUUGGGCACCCUUGAUACGACAUUGUGCAAACCGAAGAGGGAACCGGUGAACGACGCUGGCAGUCAUUGCAUGGCCGUGCAAGCGAAAUACGGCCUCCACAGCCCGAUCCAAGACACGAAGACGGCGGUAACGACGACGUCAGCCGUCGCCGUGGCUGGCCAGAGCGUCAUCCAAACCGCUCUCGGUCAUCAAGUGCAUCAAACCCAUCAGGUACAUCAGGACGGCAUUCAGGACGUAUCGAUGGGACUAGAUCCCACUAGUUUUAGCGUGGACGCUCUAAUGACGACGCGAGAGAACAGCGCAGCCUUGAUGACCAGAGAUAAUCAGCAUCACACGCAUCAUCCCCACGGUCUUCAGCAUCCUCACCCUCACUCGCACUCGAUCAUGACGAGCAGAGAGUCGAUGGGCGCCGGGGUUGUUUCCAGGGACCACUUGCCCUCUGUUUGCACAACCACGACCACGACGACGGCCGCCGUCGCGGCAAUGAUGGCGACCACCGGAUACGGUCACAGCAGCACCGUGUCCAGGAGCAACGGUUCGCCGCCCGGAACCAUGUACGCGCCUUAUUGCACGCCCACGGCCGGUUACAUAAUGGAUCACGCGGAGUACAAUUCGAGAAACCAUACCAACACCGCGGGACACUCGCAAUGGUACCAAGAGGCAGCUAGCCCCGAUGCCGCCGCCAUUUAUCAGGAUACCCAAUCGCCGAGCUGUCAGCUUUACAGAUCCAGCCCGCCGACUCCACUCUCGUCGAGUGCGGCUCCGUCUCCACCCUUGUAUCACCGAUACUACCAAGACUGCAACACCGUCAACACCAGCGGAAAUCUGCCCAUCACACUGCAUAAAUACUGAGAAUACCGAAAUUCAAGGCCUCAUCACCGAGGUCUUGAAGAACACCACACCGAACACUACGACCCGAGCUUGGUUUACGUGAAGCAAGAGUGGAUCCCGUGCACGGAAGAGCUGGCCAAAGAGUGGAAUUAGAUAAGUCCAGAAAUCCAUGAUAAAAUGACGCGAAAUUAACGGCAACUUGAAUCUAUGAAAUAUGCAGACACGAAACGUGCGAAUUGCGAAACGAUACGUACGUACGUUAUUUGUAGAUAUUUAAUCGCUCGCGUAUUUCAUAACAAUAUCGCGAACGUAGCACGUUGUAGGCGCAGCAAAGAAUAUUAACGAUAUAGAAGAAAGUCGAAGAGCUUGUAACAAAAACCGACUCUCGUAUUUAUUAUCGAGUAUCGCUCAUUUCUGUUCAAUUCGUUUUCACAGAAUCAGUCUUCACAAAAUGCCGAAGGAACUUUUACAAUAAUUCAGUGAUCCGUAUGACCUAAUGCAAUGGAAAUUAGGUCCAAUUACUUUUUGAA